AUCGGCAGGCGGACUCUCAACCACUGCGCCACCAGGGAAGCCCUGCUUUUUUUUUUUUUUUUUUUUUAGCAUCUUUAUUGGAGUAUAAUUGCUUUACAAUGGUGUGUUAGUUUCUGCUGUAUAACAAAGUGAAUCACUGUAUGUGUACAUAUAUCCCCAUAUCUCCUCCCACCCUCCCUAUCCCACCCCUCUAGGUGGCCACAAAGCACUGAGCUGAUCUCCCUGUGCUAUGCGGCUGCUUCCCACUAGCUAUUUUACAUUUGGUAACGUAUAUAUGUCCAUGCCUCUCUCUCACUUCAUCCCAGCUUCUCCUUCCGCCUCCCUGUGUCCUCAAGUCCAUUCUCUACAUCUGUAUCUUUAUUCCUGUCCUGUGCUGACUCUUUUUAAGAAGGUGGAGCAGAGGAUGUGAGAUGACAAAGGCAGAGACUAUGGAAAACCCAAUAGGUGUUAGGGAAGAGAUCCCUGAUGUGGUGCUGCUUGUGUGUGUGUCUGUGUGUCUUCCUUCUAGGAGAUAGGGUCCCAGGGGAAGGAUGCAGCUGGAACACAGAAACCCUUGGAUGUCAGGUGGAGGAGUUAGGGCCUUAUUUUGCCAGUGAUGGGAGCCAUGAAAUGUUACUGUGUAGGAUUUUUAUCGUGGCCCUUGCAGCAUCUGGGCAUUAGGUUGGGGCACGGAGGAUGUUCUGAGUUUUGACCACCCUCCCUUUUAAUCCCUGUAAGGUCAGGAGCUGCAGGAUCUGGCUCCAGGUCACCUGCAAAGUGAGUCCAGGUGCUGAUGGCAGGGGCCUCUUCCUCUCUUCGCAGGGCAGGGAACAGCCUUCCCUCAACAUGGGGCUGGAGGCCCAGAGGCUGCCAGGGGCUGAGGAGGCCCCAGUGAGGGUGGCCCUUCGAGUCCGCCCAUUGCUGCCCAAGGAGCUGCUGCACGGGCACCAGAGCUGCCUGAGGGUGGAGCCGGGGCACGGCCGGGUCACUUUGGGCCGGGACCGCCACUUUGGCUUCCACGUAGUGCUGGACGAGGACGCCGGGCAGGAGGCUGUGUACCAGGCCUGCGUGCAACCCCUCCUCGAGGCUUUUUUUGAGGGCUUCAAUGCCACCGUCUUUGCCUACGGUCAGACAGGCUCCGGGAAGACGUACACCAUGGGGGAGGCCAGUGUGGCCUCUCUUCACGAGGACGAGCAGGGCAUCAUCCCACGGGCCAUGGCUGAGACCUUUAAGCUGAUUGAUGAGAAUGACCUGCUUGACUGUCUGGUGCACGUGUCCUACCUGGAAGUGUACAAGGAGGAGUUCCGAGACCUGCUGGAGGUGGGCACCGCCAGCCGUGACAUCCAGCUUCGGGAAGAUGAUCGUGGGAAUGUUGUGCUGUGUGGAGUGAAGGAGGUGGACGUGGAGGGCCUGGAUGAGGUGCUGAGCCUCCUGGAGAUGGGCAAUGCAGCACGGCACACGGGGGCCACACACCUCAACCGCCUCUCCAGCCGCUCACACACUGUGUUCACCGUGACCCUGGAGCAGCGGGGGCGCGCUCCCAGCCGCCUCCCCCGACCUGCCGCGGGCCAGCUGCUCAUCUCCAAGUUCCACUUCGUGGACUUGGCGGGCUCAGAGAGGGUGCUCAAGACGGGCAGCACAGGCGAGCGGCUCAAGGAGAGCAUCCAGAUCAACAGCAGCCUCUUGGCGCUGGGCAACGUCAUCAGCGCCCUGGGUGACCCCCAGCGCCGUGGCAGCCACAUCCCCUACCGGGACUCCAAGAUCACCCGGAUCCUCAAAGACUCCCUGGGCGGGAAUGCCAAGACAGUGAUGAUCGCUUGCGUCAGCCCUUCCUCCUCGGACUUCGACGAGACUCUCAACACCCUGAACUACGCCAGCCGCGCCCAGAACAUCCGCAACCGCGCCACUGUCAACUGGCGGCCUGAGGCCGAGCGGGCGCCCGAGGAGGCAGCUGCUGGCCCGCGGGGGCCGCCUAGACACCGCUCGGAGACGCGCAUCAUCCACCGGGGCCGGCGCGCCCUGGGCCCCACCGCCGCGGCCGCCGCCCGCCUUGGCGCCGAGUGCGCUCGCUACCGGGCCCGCACUGACGCCGCUUACAGCCUCCUGCGCGAGCUACAGGCCGAGCCCGGGCUGCCUGGCGCCGCCGCCCGCAAGGUGCGCGACUGGCUGUGCGCCGUCGAGGGUGAGCGCAGCGCCCUAAGCUCUGCCUCCGGGCCCGACAGCGGCAUCGAGAGUGCCUCCGCCGAGGAGCAGGCCAUGCAGGGACCCGGCGGACGAAAGGAAGAUGAGGGGGCACUGCAGCUGCUGGCCCUGCAGAGCCAGGUGGCCCGGCUGGAGGAGGAGAACCGAGACUUUCUGGCUGCGCUGGAGGACGCCAUGGAGCAGUACAAGCUGCAGAGCGACCGUCUUCGUGAGCAGCAGGAGGAGAUGGCAGAGCUGCGGCUGCGGCUGGAGCUGGUGCGGCCUGGCUGGGGGGCCCCAGGGCUCUUGCAGGGCUUGCCUCCUGAGUCCUUUAUGCCCCGGCCUCACACGGCCCCCCUGGGGGGUGCCCACACCCAUGUGCUGGGCAUGGUGCCCCCUGCCUGCCUUCCUGGAGAUGAAGUUGGCCCUGAGAAUUGGGGAGAGCAAGUGACAAAUGGCGGGGAGGCUGGAGCCAAGUUGCUGGCAGAGGGAGAGAGGCUGGGAAGUGGCUCUUCAGCUGCAUCAGAGGAAGAGGAGGCGGGGGGGGAGGAGGAGCCACCCCGACGGAUCCUGCACCCACGCAGGAAUAGGAUCAGUAAGGGGAGCCAGAGGAUGGGGGCCCGCCCAGGGAGUCCACUCAACAGGAAGGGCCCAGAGCUUCGCCUGGAGGAGCUGGGUGCAACCAUCCCGGGGCCCAGAGUGGUUGGUGGGAGCCAGGCCCUGGUUCGGCCCCACCAGGCCCCCACUGCCAUGGCCUCUGAGUGGCGGCUGGCCCAAGCCCAGCAGAAGAUCCGUGAGCUGGCUAUCAACAUCCGCAUGAAGGAGGAGCUCAUAGGCGAGCUGGUCCGCACAGGGAAGGCGGCCCAGGCCCUGAACCGCCAGCACAGCCAGCGCAUCCGGGAGCUGGAGCAGGAGGCAGAGCGGGUGCGGACUGAACUGAGUGAAGGCCAGAGGCAGCUGCGGGAGCUUGAGGGCAAGGAGCCCCAGGACGCCAGCGAGUGUUCACAGCUCCAGGAGUUCCGCAAGAGGGUUGCUGCCGCUCAGAGCCAAGUGCAGGUGCUGAAGGAGAAGAAACAGGCGACAGAGCGGCUGGUGUCGCUGUCGGCCCAGAGCGAGAAGCGGCUGCAGGAGCUGGAGAGGAAUGUGCAGCUCAUGCGGCAGCAGCAGGGGCAGCUGCAAAGGCGGCUUCGUGAGGAGACAGAGCAGAAGCGGCGCCUGGAGACAGAGAUGAACAAGCGGCAGCACCGUGUCAAGGAGCUGGAGCUGAAGCACGAGCAGCAGCAAAAGAUCCUGAAGAUCAAGACAGAAGAGAUUGCGGCAUUUCAGAGGAAGCGGCGCAGCGGCAGCAACGGCUCUGUUGUCAGUCUGGAGCAGCAGCAGAUUGAAGAGCAGAAGAAGUGGCUGGACCAGGAGAUGGAGAAGGUCCUACAGCAGCGGCGGGCGCUGGAGGAGCUAGGGGAGGAGCUCCACAAGCGGGAGGCCAUCCUGGCCAAGAAGGAGGCCCUGAUGCAGGAGAAGACGGGGCUGGAGAGCAAGCGCCUGCGGUCCAGCCAGGCCCUCAACGAGGACAUUGUGCGUGUGUCCAGCCGGCUGGAGCACCUGGAGAAGGAGCUCUCCGAGAAGAGCGGGCAGCUGCGGCAGGGCAGCGCCCAGAGCCAGCAGCAGAUCCGUGGGGAGAUUGACGCCCUGCGCCAGGAGAAGGACACGCUGCUGAAGCAGCGGCUGGAGAUUGACGGCAAGCUGAGGCAGGGCAGCCUGCUGUCGCCUGAGGAGGAGCGGACGCUGUUCCAGCUGGACGAGGCCAUCGAGGCCCUGGAUGCUGCCAUCGAGUACAAGAACGAGGCCAUCACGUGCCGCCAGCGGGUGCUGCGGGCCUCGGCCUCCUUGCUGUCCCAGUGCGAGAUGAACCUCAUGGCCAAGCUCAGCUACCUCUCAUCCUCGGAGACCAGAGCCCUACUCUGCAAGUACUUUGACAAGGUGGUGACGCUCCGAGAGGAGCAGCACCAGCAGCAGAUUGCCUUCUCGGAGCUGGAGAUGCAGCUGGAGGAGCAGCAGAGGCUAGUCUAUUGGCUGGAGGUGGCUCUAGAGCGGCAGCGCCUGGAGAUGGACCGCCAGCUGACCCUGCAACAGAAGGAGCAUGAGCAGAACAUCCAGCUCCUCCUCCAGCAGAGUCGAGACCACCUUGGUGAAGGGUUAGCAGACAGCAAGAGGCAGUAUGAGACCAGAAUUCAGGCUCUGGAGAAGGAGCUGGGCCGCCACAUGUGGAUCAACCAGGAACUGAAACAGAAGCUCAGUAGUUUGAAUGCUGCGGGCCAGAGCAGGGUGACAGGUGGGGAGAAGAGGACCCUGUGCCCGGAGAACAGACAAGCCCCUGGAAGUGAAGACGAGCCCCACCCGGCACCUGAGCCUCUGUGGCAGCCCCCCAUCACUGAGGGUGUGCCCCGCCCCCGUGAGGAGAUGCGGGACUUGGUACAUGCCCCGUUACCAUUGACAUGGAAACGCUCGAGCCUGUGCAGCGAGGAGCAGGGUUCCCCUGAGGAUCUACGGCAGCGGGAGGCCGCUGAACCCUUGGUGGGGCGGAUGCUACCUGUGGGUGAGAUGGGUCUGCCCCGGAACCUCGGGCCCUUGCCCAAGCCCCGGCGGGAACUGCGAAGGACCAGCCCAGGGAUGAUUGAUGUCAGAAAAAACCCCCUGUAGGCUCUUGGGGCAGAGCUGGGCUUGGAGGGAGUUUUGGAGCCUGCUGAAAGUUGUGAUGUCAAUGCUCCCUUCUGUGAAGGAGUCCUUACCUCAAACUCUAAAUCAGGUCCUGAUUUUUCUAAUUGGAGUCAACAAAUUUGGGCCACAGACCAGAACUGUUUAAAAAAGAUGCAGAUUCCUACCAUUCAUUUCCUUUAAGCUGCAAUACCCAAUUGCUACCUUCUGGCUUUUUAAAAAAUUUUUAUUUCAUAUUAGAGUAUAGGUGAUUUACAGUGUUGUGUUAAUUUCAGGUGUCCAGCAAAGUGAUUCAGUUAUACAUAUAUCCAUUCUUUUUCAGAUUCUUUUCCCAUGUAGGUUAUUACAGAUUAUUGAGUAGAGUUCCCUGUGCUAUAUAGUAGGUCCUUGUUGAUUAUCUGUGUUAUAUAUAGUAGUGUGUAUAUGUUAAUCCCAAACUCCUAAUUUAUCCCUCCCCUUACCUUUUCCCUUUGGUAACUGUAAAUUUGUUUUCAAAGUCUGUGAGUCUGUUUCUGUUUUGUAAAUAAGUUCAUUUGUAUCAUUUUUUUAGAUUCCACAUAUAAGUGAUAUCAUAUGA